AGUGACACAGUACUGGCAGAGUCAUUGCACGGUAUACAUGAAAGCGUGUCACAACCUACAAUUAGUGGAUUCGGCGUUUCCGCGCGUAAUUUUUAUGGUCAUAUAUAUUCGUUUAUCUAUAUCGUUUGUCUAUAUUCGUUUAUCCGGCAAACACCUACGAUCGUCUUCUUUUCGUCUCGACCGGAAUCGGUGCGUGCUUACCGUGCCCACAGAGUGCCCAUUUUCGAACAAAGGAACGAACACUGUUCCCUAGAAUAAACUUUACAAUCGACGUCGGAGUGUUUGAUCUGAAGUCUUAAAAGCACGUCGUGUCAUGCCAUGAAUUAUGCAAUAAACGACUUGUUGACACGUUGUCGUUUAAACGGUAUUUAUAUAGUCUGCUAUUACCCAUCGAAUCCAUGGGUAAUUCAUUCGGAGGCGCCGACCAAUUAUCGGCCGAUAUUAACGUGAUCUACGCCGAUGCGGAUUUAAGAAUUUCUAAAAGAACGGGAAAAGUCGUAAAUUACUGGCUAUAUCCAUGGUGGCUUGUGGUUAUAAACAAUCGGAACCUAACCCCAAUUUUUGAAGCCAACUUCAGUAGAAUUCAAGCUUCCGUUAAUCGAACCGUAAAAUCUCUUAACAAGGUGGAAAAUGGAGGAUAACACAAUCAGCGUCCAAAGGAAAACGAAAUAUAAUUGUUUAAUUUGAGUUUCCUCCGAGCACUUGAGCGACUAAUGCGGUUUCAAGCUGCAUCGAAUUCAAACUAAUAAUAAAUUCGCUAAAACCGACUAUGACUCGUAGAGCAUUCGAUGCGCUGCUUUGUUAUGGUUAAAGAAGCACGUUCGACGGAGAAAUCGUUUAACACUGAGAAAAUACGAAACGUUUGCGCGGGGAUCUGGCGCGCAUGUGCGGAAGGACGGGCGUUCGCUUUUACGCGGGAGACUUAGCCGCGGCGCAUUAACGUUAGCCGAAAGUCGGAAACCAUAUUGAAACGAGGAGAUCUGACUCAAUCUAAUUUGAAAAUUCGAUAAGAAUAACAGAGGUACGAAGCAUUGAAAAGCGAAGGUAAAAUCGAACGACGAGUUCAUUGUUUUUCCUCGCUAAUCGACUUAACAGGUGAUUUUCGUACAAUAGCUCUCGAUUACUUCGGGUACGAUAAGAUAUUUUCUUGUUUUCUUUUUUUUUCAAUUUUUCCACGGGCCCCGUACAUGGAGAUGAUCGUGGCGAGGCAACGACAAGCGAGUACGUGAAAAUUAGCGGGAAAUUUGAUUUCCACGAUCCGGACGAUCGAGAUCGACGAGCCUUCCGACUUGUUUUCGCGAUUGGCACGCAGCGGACACGUAAAUUGGCCUUUGAAAGUAUAGCACGAUCGAACGACAAUGGAAAGGAAACGUGUCCUGGCAUGAUAGGACCGAAGGAGGACAAGAUCUCGUCCGCCGUGGUUACAGGCCAUCGUGGAUAGGCAAAGGGUGCUGGAUAACGCUCUAGGACGCGACUUGGACGCCGUUUGGACGCCGCUGGGACGCUGGAGGAAGAGGGAUUUAGUUCAAGUCGGAAGGAAGGGAUCUGCUUCUUCGGCUGGUCGGUGAACGGGAAGAAGAACCGGGGCGAAGGGGAGAAGGAAGGGCGACCGUUUCGGAGGUUUUCGUUCCCCGCACCCAUCGGGGACGCGACGCGCACCAGCCGCUUCCGGCUGACCGGAAGUGACGUUCUAUACUCUAUGCGAACGGGCGACCGUUGUCUUUCGUCGUGACACGAUAAUUACGCCAGGCAAGCAUAGCCCAGCAGAGGAUCCGGCACCGUCAUGGAAGUCGCCACCGAACUAGCGCCGUUAUCGGGAUCCGACAGCCAAUGCAAAAUCGCGGAGCGCACCUCGUACUACCCUCAAGAGCCAAACAAAAGGCCGAAGACCAGACAGGAGAAGAUUCGCUCGUGCCUGCAGCACAACUCUUUGACCAUCCUGACGGUCGGCGGGGUGGUCGGCGGCGUAAUACUCGGCAUCAUCCUGAGAUCCACGAGGACGGAAGGAUGGAAACCGCGCGAGAUCAUGUACAUCAACUAUAUCGGCGAUCUGUUCCUGAGGAUGCUGAAGAGCUUGAUACUGCCGCUGAUCAUCUCCAGCUUGGUAUCGGCCAUCGGGUCUCUGGACCUCUCGCUUAGCGGCAGAAUCGGCUAUCGAGCGGUUACAUAUUACAUGGUGACCACUAUCAGCGCCGUUGUUCUAGGCAUCAUUCUGGUGAUCACCAUUCAGCCAGGCGUGGGAAACAACCCGCACGUGAAAACGAAAGCACCGCCGCAGAACGUUUCCACCGUCGACACCCUGAUGGAUCUCGUGAGAAACAUGUUCCCGCCGAAUCUGGUCGAGGCUUGCAUUUCACAACACCGAACCGAGAUGCAGAAACCGGAGAACAGCACGUCGGUCAACAUGGACGACUGGGAGCCGGUGCAGAAGAGCGUCUCCGGAACAAACAUCAUGGGUCUGGUUGUCUUUGCCACGGUUCUAGGUAUUACUCUGGGCAAGAUGGAGGAGACAGGGAAACCGCUGCUCUAUUUCUUCGAGUCCUUGUCGGGCGCGAUGAUGUUGAUCACUCACUGGGUCAUUUGGUUGUCGCCGGUGGGCGUGUUGUUCCUGGUAGCCGCGAAAAUCACCGAGAUGCAGUCGCUGGACGAGGUGGUUGCCCAAUUGGGCAUGUACUUCUUGACCGUGUUGAUCGGCCUGUUCAUACACGGCUUCAUAGUUCUGCCAAUUCUGUAUUUUGUGAUCACAAGGAGGAAUCCGUACGUUUACAUAUCGAAUCUGGCGCAAGCUCUGGUCACCGCUUUCGGCACGUCGUCGAGCUCCGCCACCCUGCCUGUCGCCAUCAACUGCCUGGAAGAACGGAAUCACGUUGAUCCACGGGUCACCAGGUUCGUUUUGCCCAUAGGCGCUACCAUCAAUAUGGACGGCACGGCUCUCUACGAGGCUGUGGCAGCGAUUUUCAUCGCUCAAGUGCGUCAAGUCAGCCUCACCUUUGGACAAUUGGUGGCUGUCAGUAUAACAGCGACUGCGGCAAGUAUCGGGGCAGCUGGAAUCCCACAGGCAGGCCUGGUGACCAUGGUGAUGGUACUGGACACGGUUCGUCUGCCAGCAGAUGAUGUGUUCCUGGUGAUUGCAGUCGAUUGGUUGCUAGAUCGUUGUAGAACAACGGUGAACGUGGUAGGCGAUUCCCUGGGGGCAGGUAUAGUGAACUACCUGAGCAAAAACGAGUUAGCCACCCUGCCUCACAAUACACAGUCUCAAAACGGAGGAGAUCGUCACACCUCGACGUCCAUAUGAAGUUAGCAUCGGUAACAGAUCAUUUGUCUCGUCGAGGCGUUCCUUUCGUCUUCGACACCGCACAUUCCUGCACAAAGAAGUUUAUCGAACACGUACACGAAACUCGGGACACCAAAAUGGUUCUGUUAUGGCAACAACGGUGGCAACAAUAUCGUAUCUUGUAACGAAAUCUUUUACUGCGCCGUGACGAGAUCGAUCCGCCGUCGAGCGAUAACAAUAACCCUUUCGCGCUACAACAUACUUCCACAGGCGUGAUUAGUUUUGUUUUAGAUUUAAUCUCGUUCAGUUAAAGAGUACAAAAUGAUCGUACGGUCUGAUCAUGUUUUAAUGGUCGUUUCCAGCUACCGGAAAUGAAUGUGGGAAGACGCUAGGAGUUUCACAGUGAUUACCGAUUUCCAUUCGGUACGCAUUCCGAGAACACCGCGAUGCCAAGUGCCAAAUAUGCCAAAUACGUCGAACGUAAUCUUGUCAGUGUUGUUUUUCAAAUCGGCUCCGUUUCUACUGACUUGGAAAUUGUUUCCGCGAUACUGUCGAACACGCGAUCGAAUCUAAAUAUCGUUAGGAACUGUUCGUCUCUGUUCGACGUAGCUCCCUAGGAAAAUUCUGUACACUUAAAAAGCGUUCCGAUAGAUUAGCACGAACGUCCAAGUUACUGCCCAAAUGUUUCAAUUUCUUUCGAAAUUUGUUGCUAAUUAUUACAUAGUCACCUCCGAAUUUAACCGUUUCUCGGUCGUAUUUUUAAGGAAUCCUAAUCGUACGAGGCAACAGAAAUUUAUCCGAUCAAUAGCUGACGCAUAGAAAAUUCAUUGGCCCACGUUGAAUAACCUUUUCUGUUCAAGUCGCGACGUAAGACGCAUUUUCAUUCGAAAGCUUGAACGGCUAAGCAAUAAAUUAGCAACAGUAUUAGUACCAACGAUAAUUACAGACACACGCACACACACAUACAUACAUACACCCACACAUAUAUACAUGCAUACACUUGCUAUAUUAAGCCUUGUCUUCCAUUACUAUACGAACUAUAUAAUUAUUACAACUUACUGUUUAGCUGGAAGAUGAAAUAGUUGAACAAGCGUGAAAUGAAUUGUUACUACUUUCCGACAUCGUGAAAGCGAUAAUACAAAUCCGUUACGAAUGUGUUCAAUUCUCCAUAGUUAGCAUUAUUUGCUGAGAAACGCAGAAAAGAAGUUGUCGAAUACUGAUAGCAACCGUAGUGCCAGUGAUCAAAGAUGUUAUGGUAUUUAAUCUCUUACUAUAGUACCUUACCGACGUACUAUCUAGAUGAAAAGUGUUCACCGAAUCUAUGAAACGUUUAUUACCACAUAUAUUCGUUUACGCAGUCAUAUCGGUGCAUGCGAUGAGUGUAACUGAACAGUCAAAACUUGUAUUUUUAACUUAUUCAUUGUGCUAUACUUUACACGGACGAAAGUCGAUUAAGUCAUAAGAUAACUAUGUACUGUACUACAUUUCAAGUUUCUUGCAUCGUAACCGAUUCAUCUAAAACCUAAACGAUCGAAACAAUCGAAAAGUACAGCAUAUCUAAUAUUUAAGGGAUUCUAAUCUAACGUUGAACGUUCAGAAAAAUUAAUAACUAAAAAUACUAAUAUAUUAUUCUUUGGAGAGGAUGUAUCGGAAUAAAAAGAGAAAGAUAGAGAAAAGAAAAUGAAAAAAAUAUACAUAUAUAUAUGAACUGUAUAGUUAAUUUUACGUAGUUCUAUGUCAGUUUUCGUGUAAUCAAGUUGUUGGGGAAUUGAAUUAGCUUUUCUUAGCUUCGAAUCAAUUAAACUAAUUAAUUCAAUCUUUACACAACACCGAAAUAUGAUCAUUAUUUGGAAUAAUAUACCACAGAAUAUUUGAAAUUUCUAAUUGAGAAAAGCUAACGCCAAUACACUACGAUUCUUCUCGAUAUAUCAAAUAUUACUAUUGCUGAUUUCGCGAACUGAUAUGCAGUUGCAAAUUCUAAUCGAAUUCUAUAAAUAGUAUUUAUGUAUGUACCUGUACGUAUUUAAGUAAUGCCAUAGUUGCAUAACAAUAUGCUGUAUAAUAUUUAUUUGUACAAUAAAUGUACAAACUGAUAUAACAAUAAAGACAUUGCUUAUUUCCAAAUAAAAUCGUAUGUCACGUGGAAA